GAAUCGUGUUAACUCGGGGAGUUUCAAAGAGGAACGGAGCAGAGGCUCAAGUGCACCCCGGCGCUUCCAGAAGGUUGGAGAUUUUGGAUUAUCAAAAUCUCCCCCAUUUCAUUAUUUUUAAUUUUUAUUUUUAAUUAUGAAAGAGGAGAUUCCACCAUUUGAUUCCCACCUGAUAUGUUUUGUUCUACCAUUUACGUAAGAUAUUUCGUGCUUUUUAUCUUCUUUUGUGAAUUUCUUUAUUAGUGGAUUUUUAUCAAAGCUUGUACAAUGUUAUUUAUUUUAAGCUUUUAUGUUGUUGGCUCCUUAGCUCUCAGAUGCUAAGAUACGUUGCACUAUAAGAUUUUGAAAAUGGGAUUAAGUGCUACCAGAGUGCACUCAGGGUUGAUGCAAGGCACUAUAACGCCUGGUAUGGACUUGGAAUGAUAUAUCUUCACCAAGAGAAGUUUGAGCUCUCUGAACAUCAUUUUCGUAUGGCUUUCCAAAUCAACCCACGAUCUUCUGUUAUAUUGUCAUACCUUGGAACUGCUUUGCAAUCUUUAAAGGUUUAUCUCUUGCUGCAUUAAUUGUAGUAGUACAAAUACAAAAUAGAACUGCAUUAGUCUUUUGCUUGUGUUUUGUAUCCAGGGUUAUAAAAUUUUGCUUCUAUGAGUUGUCAAAGAAGUAAGGAAGCGUUGACCAUAAUGGAGAAGGCUAUUUUAGCGGAUAAGAAAAGUCCACUUCCCAUGUAUCAAAAGGCCAACAUACUCAUUAGCCUGGAAAAUUUUGACGAGGCUCUGGAAUUCCUGGAAGAGCUUAAGGAAUUAAAAUUUUUGUAGAAUUGUGCAUCAUUGUAGUGGGCACAGGGGGAAUCAAGCCCAAUAUUUCUACUAUGGGUGCAGACCAAUUUGAUGAGUUUGAGCCUAAAGAGAGAUCCCAUAAGCUUUCCUUCUUCAAUUGGUGGUUCUUUAGCAUUUUCUUUGGUACCCUUUUCUCCAACACUUUCUUGGUUUACAUACAGGACAAAGUGAGUUGGACCGUUGGAUAUGCCCUUCCAACCCUUGGGCUUGCUGUUUUAGUAUUGGUGUUUCUGCUAAGAUCUUCAUUUUAUAGGCACAAAUUGCCUUCAGGUAGCCCUAUAACAAGGAUCCUUCAGGUACUUGUGGCUGCUGGAAGGAAGUGGAAGGUACAUGUCCUAGAUGAUCCAAAAGAGCUACAUGAGCUCAACAUGGAAGACUAUGCAAGUAACGGGAGAAACAGAAUUGAUCACAGCUCUGCAUUAAGUUUCCUUGACAAAGCAGCUAUCAAGACUGGACAAACUUCAUCAUGGAUGCUUUGUACAGUGACCCAAGUUGAGGAAACCAAGCAAAUGAUAAAAAUGAUACCUAUUUUGAUUACAACAAUUAUUCCAAGCACCUUGAUAGUUCAAGCGAGCACACUCUUCAUCAAACAAGGCACCACGCUAAACAGGAGAAUGGGACCCCAUUUUGAAAUCCCUCCUGCAUCUCUUACAUCAUUUAUAACUAUCUUCAUGCUGUUAAGCAUUGUACCCUAUGAUCGGCUUUUUGUUCCUGCUAUCCGACGCUACACAAAGAAUCCCAGAGGGAUCACAAUGCUGCAGAGACUUGGAAUUGGAAUUAAAAAUUUAUUAGUUUGUUGA